AUGACCCAGGCGAACGGCCCUUCUUCCUUGGCCAACCCCUUGGAUACGGCGGAUUAUGAUCCCAUUGAACAUCUGAACGCCAUUUUCUCCCACCCGUCAACUUUAUCCUCCGUUGCUACCGUUUCCGACUCUCUUCAAACUUACCAAAAUGGACUCGAUAUUGACAUUGCGAAAUUGGUGGCCAAGCAGUCCUCCUCGGACGCGGACAGUGUCCGCCGAAUACAGGAGGCUAAAGCCGAGCUGGCCGAGCUGUUUUCCAAGAUUGACGGUGUUCGAGAGCGGGCAAUUCAGACAGAGCAAACAAUUACGCAGAUGACCGCUGAUAUUAAACGACUCGAUGGGACCAAACGAAACCUGACCCUUUCCAUGACGGCUUUGAAACGGCUUCAAAUGUUGACGACUGCAUAUGAGCAACUGCGCGGCUUGAGCCGGUCACGUCAAUACGGGGACUGUGCACAAUUGCUGCAAGCGGUCCUACAACUGAUGACACAUUUUAAAUCAUACCGCUCAAUUGACCAGAUCGCAACACUCAGCCGCCAUGUGGCUGAUUUGCAGCGAGAGCUCCUGGAGCAAAUCUGCGAGGAUUUCGAAAUUACUUUUGCCAAGGGUCAAAUCGCUCAACGGAGAGGAAUGCUGGCUGAAGGAUGUCUGGUAAUGGAUAGUCUGGGGGAGCAUGCACGUUCUCGGUUGAUCACAUGGUACUGCAAUACUCAGUUGAGGGAGUACCGUCAGGUUUUCCGUGGCAGCGACGAGGCUGGUUCUUUGGACAACAUUUCGCGAAGAUAUUCCUGGUUCAGGAGGAUGAUGAAGACUUACGACGAGGAACAUGCAAUGAUUUUCCCUUCAUCUUGGAGAGUAAAUGAGGUCCUUGCAAACGCUUUCUGCGAAGGCACUCGAGAGGAUUUCAAGUCGAUCUUAUCACGUGCAAUGCGCAGGACGGACGGCCAAAAUCUCGACGUUAAUCUUCUGCUUUCCUGCUUACAAGAGACAUUGGACUUUGAACACAAUCUCGAAAGAAGGUUUGCGACUGGGUCCCGGGUCUCUAUUGAUAGCCUAUCCUCAAAAGAUGAACGAACGCCUGUUUUUGGACAGGCUAUUUCGGAAGCCUUCGAACCGUAUCUGAGUGUAUGGAUUGAAUCUCAGGACAAGCAACUUGCUACAAUGAUACCCAAGUAUCGACAACAGCCGAUUCGUCCCGCCGACGAGGAGUUUUCCUCUCAACUCGUUGCUCCGUCAUCAACGGAACUAUUCAGCUUCUAUCGCCAUAGCCUUGCACAAUGUGCAAAACUGUCUACAGGAUCUCGUCUAAUAGAGCUCUCGCACGUAUUUGCCAAAUAUCUAGACCAAUAUUCGCAGCAAGUGCUGCUUCACUUUCUGGGGGACUCUCAAGGUGGACGUGGACCUUUCCUUGAAGACGCCAUACUUGUUCUCAACACCGCCGAUUACUGUUAUGCAACCUGCACGCAAUUAGAAGAAAAGAUAAAAAGUCGUGUGGAUGAGCAGCUCAAGUCAAAAGUAGACCUUCAGAGUCAGGCCGAUGCGUUUAUGGGUAUUGUGAGUGCAGCAAUCCGGGCCUUGGUGCGGCGGGUUGAAGUGGGCUGUGAGCCAAGCUGGCGAGAGAUGCGCAAUCUACCCUGGGGGAAAAUGGAAAGUGUUGGCGACCAGAGUCCAUAUGUGUCAGAAUUGCUUGGACAUGUCAAGAUCGGAACGACCGAAGUUCUGAAAUUAAUCCAUAAAUCGCAAUAUACGCGGGCUUUCUGUGACAACCUGGUUGAGUCUUUGACAAAUACCUACAUCAUCAAUGUUGUCCAGUGCAGGCCAAUUACAGAAGUCGGGGCUGAACAGAUGCUGUUGGAUUCCUAUGUGCUUAAGAAAGCAUUUGAAGAGUUGCCAACACUGCAUACCGAAGGCUCAACUACUGCACCUGCUGGCUACUUGAAGAGAGUUAACCAGAUCAUGUCGAAGCUAAACCCUCUUCUGAAGACGAUUCAGGUGCGGCCUAACCCGCCUGAAGCACUCGUUCAAGCAUAUUUGAUCCAUAUUGGUGAUUCAUCCGAUGCAAACUUCCGGAAAAUUCUCGAUCUUAAAGGAAUUCGCAAGGCGGAUCAAAAUCGUUUGGUGGACCUCUUCCAGGUUCAUCGCGCUUCGCAGGAAAAUCUGGUACAGCAGUCACCGCUCCUCACACCGCUUCAACUGCAAUCAUCGCAUGGCGGGAAUGCCACAGCUAUUUCUACAACGUCUCUACCGGGACGCUUCGACCCUUCAACGUUUGGAUCGGCACUCAUGUCUGCUGCACGAGAUGGCGUCGACCGUUUGGGUUCACCGGCAUUGGGAGCAAUUGGCACACAAUCGCCGUCUGGAACAUUGUCGCCGCCCAACGGACUUGAGGGACAUGUAACUGCCAAUCUCAACGACAACUUGCGCAACAUUGGCAAAUUUUUCCGGCGUGACAUGGGCGCCUUUGGGAGCCGAUUUGGCGGCGGUGGCGCUAGGUCAAUGGACGAGCCGAGAUAG